UCUAUCCAAAGCGUGUCCAUCUGAGAGCAGAGCUUCAGUCAUAGAUCACCAUGCUGCUGCAGCCCGUCUGGAGCUUCCUGCUGGGACACGCCUCCCUGCUGAGAUCACCCUUCUUCCCCGUCCUCUUCUCUCUGAGCGUCUACCUGUCCUGCUGCCUGCCCUACCUGCUGCUGGACGCCCUGGCCUCCAGGUGUGCUCUGGUGCGCCGGUACAAGCUGCAGCCGGCCUCCGUGGGCUCGGCCUCUCCGGGCCUCUGCCUGGUUCUGACGCUCUACAACCACCUGCUCUUCAUCUUCCCGCUCAGCGUGCUGCACUGGUACCUGAGGCCGCUGCACCUGCCUGAACAGGCCCCGCCCCUGCCCCGCCUCCUGGCCCAGGUGUUCGUCUGCCUUCUGCUCUUUGACUUCCAGAGCUUCACCUGGCAUCUGCUGCACCACAGGGUGCCCUGGCUCUACCGCACCUUCCACAAGGUGCACCACAACUUCAGCUCCACCUCGGCCCUGACAGCAGAGUACUCUGGGGCCUGGGAGACCCUGAGCCUGGGCUUCUUCGCCUCGUCCACCCCGAUGCUGCUGGGCGUCCACCCGCUGACCCAGCUGCUGUUCUUUGUGGUGAACAUCUGGCUGUCGGUGGAGGACCAUUGCGGCUACGACCUGCCCUGGGCCACCCACCGCCUGGUGCCCCUGGGGCUGUUUGGCGGCGCCCGGCACCACGACCUGCACCACCUCAAGUCCCGCUGCAACUACGCCCCCUACUUCACCCACUGGGACCGGCUGGCCGGGACGCUGGUCACACAGUACUGAUGGACUGGAGAGGUUCUGAGAUGUUCCAGGACCAGCAGGACCUCCUACAGAGACCAUUUGUUCACACAGUAUUUAAAGCUAUUUAUUUAUUCCUUUAUUUAUUAAUGAAGACAUGGACCAAAGGUUCUCCUCCAGCGACCAAUCAGCUCUCAGCAUUUUCCUCUCCUGCUCAGUCUGAGUCAGUUUAAACCGAAGCUCAUUCAGAGGGAAUACUUUCUGUUUUCUUUAUUUUGUACGGCUGUGAACUGAAAAUCUUGGAUGUUUUUCGCACUUUCUCUAAUUUUCUGACAUUUUAUGGAAGCAGCUGAUCAAACAUACAGAAAAUGAUCCAGAACAGCUGAGAGCUGCUGGAACCUGGAAUGAAGGUUCUGUAAGAAGGCCGCUCAUCUUUACUGUUCUGAAUGGAAGGAAUGGAAUGUACAGGUAGAUAAGCAGGUAGAUAAGCAGGUAGAUGUACAGGUAGAUAAGCAGGUAGAUCCAGGUGUGUUCAGGAGCAGCUGUUUGAAGGAAGUGAACGUGUCUAAAUGUGACUGAAUUGUGAAUCUGUGUUUUUAAGCUGUGAAGAGAAUAAAGUUUAUGACUAA